UCCCAACCCAGGAGGGGAAGAGGCUCCCGUCUGCGGCACUGGAGACAGAGAAAAGGCCAGUGUCCCAGCAGAACGUGGCUCCGAGCUGGCGAGUCAUGGACGCCCUGGUCCGCCUCCUGCAGCUGCUGGUGCUGCUCCUGACACUGCCCCUGCACCUGCUGGCUCUGCUGGGCUGCUGGCAGCCCCUGUGCAAAAUGUGCUUCCCCUACCUGAUGGCCGCACUGACGGCCAAGUGCAACCGCAAGAUGGAGAGUAAGAAACAGCAGCUCUUCAUCCAGAUAAAGGGGCUUGCGGGAGCCUCCGGGAAGGUGUCCUUGCUGGAGCUGGGCUGCGGCACUGGGGCCAACUUCCAGUUCUACCCAGCGGGCUGCAGGAUCACCUGCCUGGACCCAAACCCCCACUUCGAGAAGCUCCUGACCAAGAGCAUGGCGGAGAACAGGCACCUCCAGUAUGAACGGUUUGUGGUGGGUUCCGGAGAGGACAUGAAAGGACUGGCAGACGGCUGCAUGGAUGUGGUGGUCAGCACCCUGGUGCUGUGCUCCGUGCAGAGUCCGAGGAGGGUCCUGCAGGAAGUCCACAGAGUGCUGAGGCCGGGAGGAGUGUUUUUUUUCUGGGAGCAUGUGGCUGAGCCACGUGGAAGCUGGGCCUUUCUGUGGCAGCAAGUUUUAGAACCCACCUGGAAACACAUUGGGGAUGGCUGCUGCCUCACCAGAGAGACUUGGAAGGACCUCAAGAGUGCCCAGUUCUCUCAACUCCAAAUGGAACACCAGCCUCCUCCCUUCAAGUGGUUGCCUGUUGGGCCCCACAUCAUGGGAAAGGCUGUGAAAUAACCCUUCCCGGAGUCCUGCCUUCAGCCAGAGCAAUCCCACCCACCGGCUAACCUGUCUUCUCCUAAGAGGGAUCUAGUCAGAGGAGCCAUUCCCUCCACCAGCUCCUCUCCUUCCUUCCCCCAUCUCUGCCUGGUGUCUAAUUUCAAUCCUUCCUUCCAAAGUAUAAAAGCUCUAUUCCUAACCUGACCUCAGGGAGGAAAGCAA